GCCAUUUUUGCUGUUUUAAGUCAGAUUUGAUCUAGAUUUGUUUUUCUUUUAGUUUUGCCUUCUGCAAACAUGGAUUCAACCUCAACUAAAGACCUGAGAAUCAUCCUCCUGGGAAAAACCGGAUCUGGUAAAAGUGCAACAGGGAAUACCAUCCUGAAAAGGGACGCUUUUAUUGCAGACAUGUCUCCUGCCUCUGUGACUAAAGUAUGCCAAAAAGAAACCGUCCACCUGGAUGACCGAACAGUGAGUAUCAUUGACACUCCUGGGUUGUUUGACACAUCAAUUCCUGAGAAAGAACUAAAGAGAGAAAUAGAGAACUGCAUCAUGCUGUCUCUCCCUGGACCACAUAUAUUUCUGCUAGUCAUCAGUCCAUCUGCACGCUUCACUGUGGAGGUGGAAAAAGCCAUCAACUGGAUCACAGACAACUUCGGCGAGGAAGUCUCGAAGUACACAAUCGUUUUCACUUGGGGAGAUCAGCUCAAAGACACCAUCGAGAACUAUUUGAGCAAAAGCCCUGAACUGAGGAAGCUGACCAGUGACUGUAAAGCUGGAUAUGUUGUGUUUGACAAUACGUGCAAAGGAAAUCGCACUCAAGUGGCUGAUCUGUUCGAGAGCAUAGACAAGGCGGUCCAGUUGAACGGAGGUCAUUAUACCAGCGAGAUUUACAAAAAGGCCCAGAAUAAACUAUGGUGGAACCAGGCCAGCGGCUAUGUGGGAACUGCAGGAGAUUAUUUAUUGUGUGCAGCAGCAGGCGCAGCUGGACCUGCUGUUGGUGGCGCUCUGGUGGCAGAGGAAGCCGCAGCUGUAGCUAUACUACCACAAGUGUUGGCUCUUGGAGGUGCAGCGAUCGUUAAAGGUAUUGGAUGGUUCAUCAGACCUAGAACAGGCAAUAACUAAAGUAAUUCAGAAAGUAACUGGAUUAUAGUCAUACAUGUAGUGCUUUUACACUUAUGCACUCACUUCACUGUGCAAAUCUUACUUUGUUUAAU